CUUCCUAUUGCAAAGAUGGCAGAAGUAAAGAUCAGUUUGGUUUGUGCGGUGAUUCUUCUGUGUAGAACAGCGGUAGUAGCUUAUGUGGAGGAUCUGGAUGACUCGUUUAAAGAAAGCAGAAUGGAUGAUGUGUGGCUAGUUGACUUCUACGCUCCCUGGUGCGGACACUGUAAAAAGCUGGAACCCAUAUGGCAUGAAGUUGGCUCAGAAAUGAGAAGUUCUGGUUCUCCUGUACGAGUCGGGAAGAUGGAUGCCACCGCCUACUCUAGUGUUGCAUCAGAAUUUGGAGUAAGAGGUUAUCCCACUAUAAAACUGUUGAAGGGAGACCUGGCAUACAAUUACAAAGGACCCAGAACCAAGGAUGACAUCGUUGAAUUCGCUAAUAGAGUAUCUGGGCCUCUUGUUCGCCCUCUUCCCAGCCAGCAGAUGUUUGAACAUGUAUUUAAGAGACAUGAUGUACUUUUUGUGUAUAUUGGAGGUGAAUCACCCCUCAAGGAAAAAUACAUUGAAGUGGCAUCCGAAUUGAUUGUAUACACAUACUUCUUCUCUGCCUCUGAAGACGUUUUGCCAAAGCACAUAACAUUACAAGAGCUGCCUGCAGUAGCAGUCUUCAAGGAUGGAACCUACUUUCUGUAUGAUGAAUAUGAAGAUGGCGAUUUAUCUUCCUGGGUUAACAGGGAACGAUUUCUUGGAUAUCUGCAGAUUGAUGGAUUCACUUUAUAUGAACUUGGAGAAACAGGCAAAUUGGUGGCAAUUGCUGUCCUUGAUGAGAAAACCGCCUCUGAGGAGAGCACCAGGUUGAAGUCUUUGAUUCAGAGAGUUGCAAAAGAAUACAGGGAUCAUUUUAACAGAGACUUCCAGUUUGGCCAUAUGGAUGGUAAUGAUUACAUUAACAGUCUGAUAAUGGAUGAGGUGUCUGUUCCCACAAUCAUCGUCCUUAACACUUCAAACCAGCAGUAUUUCCUCCCAAAUAAAGCCAUAAACAGCAUUGAAGAUCUCGUUCAGUUUAUUAACCAAGUCCUGGAUGGAACAGCAGAGGCACAAGGUGGUGAUGGAAUCAUUCAGCGCAUCAGAAGAGUUGCAUAUGAUGCAAAGUCAACUGUUGUUUCUGUCUUUAAGAGCUCUCCUAUCCUUGGCUGCUUCCUAAUCAAACUGCAAGAAAUUCUUUCUGUGUCCAGAUUUGAACUUGCCAAUCAUGACUGA